AUGCUCAGUAAAAACUGGAGAGGUGCAUCUGUGGGCACCAACUGGGCCGGUGUGAACUCCUUCUUUGCUCAUGCGCUGCCCACUACAGGCCCAGGCAGCCGCACUGCGUAUUUGGACCACAUGAGGCAGAGGGUGCAGUCUGACUCUGUGGUCGUGGUGUCUUGCAGCGCCAGGGAUGCAGGGCUUCGAGUGCUCCGCAUCUUCAUCAUCUCAACCACGCACAACUACAAAAGCAGCGGGUCCCAGGCAGUGGACGAUGUUGAGAGCAAGGAGGUCGGCAGCUACGACGACCGCAUCCUCAGCCUGGUGGAUGACUUGAUGGUGGAGGCCAAUCUGGUGUCCCUGCAAAUCAGUAAAGCACGACUGCAAGAUAAUGCGGAGAAGUAA